UUACCUGUGCGGUGUUGCAGCCACUGAAGGUCUUGAGCAGUGCGCCGCUAUGGGUUUGGAUUUCCCAGCAAUGAGCUAAAAGCCGGCCUUUGAAAGGAGCCUAGUGGGCUUGGUGGAUCCUCCCUCCCACCUACUUGGCCAAGAUGGCAACUCUCAGAGGCGCUGGCUGCAACCUGCCACGCAAGCGCCUCCAGGAGUGGUGUUCUGUGAUCCUGUGUUUCAGCCUCAUCGCCCACAACUCAGUUCACCUCCUGCUGCUGGCCUGCUGGGAGCACACACCCCUCGUCAUCCUCGGUGUUGUUGCCGGGGCUCUCGUUGCUGACUUCCUGUCCGGCCUGGUACAUUGGGGUGCCGAUACAUGGGGCUCUGUGGAUCUGCCCAUUGUGGGGAAGGCCUUCAUCCGGCCAUUCCGGGAGCACCACAUCGACCCCACAGCCAUCACGAGGCAUGACUUCAUUGAGACCAAUGGUGACAACUGCCUAGUGACGCUCCUGCCGCUGCUGAACAUGGCCUACAAGUUCCAAACCCAGAGCCCAGAGACCCUGGAGCAGCUGUACCCCUGGGAAUGCUUCGUUUUCUGCCUGAUCAUCUUUGGCACCUUCACCAACCAGAUCCACAAAUGGUCACACACGUAUUUGGGGCUGCCCUACUGGGUCACCGUCCUGCAGGACUGGCACGUGAUUCUGCCACGGAAACACCAUCGCAUCCACCAUGUGGCGCCCCACGAGACAUACUUCUGUAUCACCACAGGCUGGCUCAACUACCCCCUGGAGGUGAUAGGCUUCUGGCGUCGCUUGGAGGACCUCAUCCAGGGCCUGACGGGUGAGAAGCCUCGGGCGGACGACAUGAAGUGGGCCCAGAAGGUCAAGUAGUGUGUCCAGCUGCCUGGUCGCCAGCCUUUCCCAGCCUGAACUGAAGCCAUCUGCCAAAUUCCAGCCUCUUUGCGCUGCCCCUCCAGUGAAGAAGAGUCCCCUGGGCUGGGCCCAGGCACCCCACAGAAUACUUGAGACACCGAG